AUGAAUAACUGUAUGAUUGAUUAUGGUGACGAUGAUGAUAGUGAUGAUGUGAUUGAUGUUGAUGGUUAUGGUAGUAAUGAUAAUGAAGAUGAUGGGAAUGACAUUGAUGUUUUUGGUGAUAACGAUGACAACGGCUGCGAUGGUGAUGACAGCGAUGACGAUGAUGAUGAAGACAAUGAUUAUUGUGAUUUUGAUGAUGGCGAUGGCAGUGAUUGUGAUAACAUUAGUGAUAAUGAUAAUGAUGAUGAUGAAGAAAAAUUCAAUUCUUAUGUGACACUGAAGCUUCAGAAUGUGAAGUCUACGACUGUAGCAGUGAAGGGAAACCACCCCCUGUGGGAGCAAGAUUUCAUGUUCGAGACUAAUCAACUGAAUGUUGGAUUGGUCGUUGAGCUAUGGACCAAAGGAUUAAUCUGGGAUACCCUGUUGGGUACUGCUCUGGUACCCCUCCGAGGGAUUAAACAAUCCAGUGAGGGUGACCCUGAGGGGAGCGGUGAAUGGUUCUCCCUGGAUAGAGAAGUAGAGGUCAAGAAUCGCCAGGUGAAUGGAACCAAGAUGCCCACCGGUCAUCGCGUCCUCAUCGAUGCCAGAUACGAAGUCCCUUUCGAGCAAGAAGAAUCUGUGGCUUAUGAACGCAAGCUUCGGAUGAUCCAUGAUAUUAUCCAACAAGAUGGCAGCGCCUCAGGACAGCAGCCACCUGCCCAGCUUAUACCAGCUCAGUCUGGUAUGAUGUCCGAAGACAGCGAUUACACCAGUGACAUAAACGCACCCACAGUCAGCAAUAGUAGCCCUCGUCACAGCGCUGGUACUGCCCACCAUUCAUCUGAUAGGUUAGAUUCUCCUCCCCAAGGUUCUCCUCCGUCACGCUUCCAUGAUUACAAUGAUGACCACUACCCUGGAAUGGAAGAGCCUUACUAUCCCCAUGACUACACUGACGAAGAGAGAAUAGGACGUUUCAUUGAAGACGACGAGAGAAGACGACUCUAUCCAGAAGACCGCGGCGACUUCACGGACGGCAGCGCCGACCGCUUAGACCAGGAUUAUCCUGAUAGAGAAUACUACAAUGACUAUCACUCUGGUAGCAAUAUGGAUUUCAGGUAUAAUGGAUCUACAGGUGAAUUUACAAACCCUGAGGACACCUAUAGCGGAGAAUAUGAUUCAGAAUAUGGCCCAAACCAACGAGGAUACUUGGAUGAUUACGAUCAGGAAUACCAAGAAGGGCAGAGCUCUGAUGAGCAGAGAUACAGACGCAUGGAAUCAUAUGAUCAAGAGGAAUACGAUAGGAAGUACGAUAGGGAUGAUUACCCCCAUGAGGUGUACAGCGAUGAGUACGAAGGGAGAGAAAGAGACUUUGAUCACCGGGAGCGCGAGUAUGUUCCUCCGGAAGCUGGAUAUGAACACCCGGAAAGUGAGGACAUUGAGUAUGACAAGGAGAAAGGGGCGUAUGAUUUACAUAAAGGUGAAGAUUUAAGGAUUGUUGAUCAUGAAGCUGGGGGAAGAGGAAGUAGUUAUGAUUUACGAAGGGAUGGAGACCUUGAGCCUCUGAGAGGCAGCAAUUAUGAUUUAAGGACAGAUAGUGAAACUGAAAGUAGAAGAGGCAAUCUAGUACCAGGUAGUGAUAUAGGUUCUAAAAAGGGUAGCAAGUACGAUCUUACAAGGGAUAGUGAAUACAGUAUGCAUAGAGACAGCGAAUUUGAUAAUGGACAUGAAAGCAAAUUUGAUUCGCAGAGAAACGGUGAAUUUGGUUCCCGGAGAAACAGUGGGUUCAAUUCACGACUUGAUGGUGACUUUGACCAAAGACAGGAUGGAGAGUUUGAGUCAAGACACGAAGACUUUGAUCCCCAGCAGGAAAGUGGUUUUGACUUGCAUGAAAAUAUUUACUGUCAACCGGAGAGUGACGACCUUGAAACUCGCGACAGUGACCUUGAAGGCAGAGUCGCGGAGUUCGAACUGGUCCGCCGGGAUCCGUACCGUACCCUUAGGGAGAGUGACUACGACCAUAGUGUGUCCAAUUUUGGCCGUCACACGGACGACUUUGAAGGAUACAACUUUGAUGAUGGCAGGAACUAUGUUGACAGGGGGGAGAGUUUUGAGACAAGGACGGAACAGAGUGAGGUAGAAUCGGAAACAAGCAAUACGGUACCCAGUAGACAUCACAGGAGAGAACCUUACCCCUAUAGCCCUCAUGGGAGUGAGAGAUAUCUUCACAGAGAUGUUGAUAGUUUAGAACGAGAUAGCAGACCCUCAUUGGACACAGGAAGCCCUGGGAGUAGUCGCUAUUCUUCUCCGCGAGUCAGUCGGAGCAGCCUUGCCCUUGACAGGUAUUCAGAGAGCUUGCAGCAGUCGGACGAGCUCCUAGACCGAGACCGAGAGCUGGACCGGGAACUGCGUGAGGAGGAAGACGAGUUGAGAGACCUGGAACUGCGUGAGGAGGAAGACGAGUUGAGAGACCUGGUACCUGCUAUGACCAUCGCUCGAAUGAGAUGGCUCAAUGCAUUCCAUAGAGUGCGAGAGCAGAUCAAAGAGGGAUAUUACGAUGGUGACAGCAGUAUGAGACCAGGAAGAGGAGGUGGAUUGUGGGCUAACUUAGCAAAUGGCGGCCCUCCGGGAUUAGACCUUCUGCCAGAAAUGUUACCGAGAAGAAAAUCCAUACCGCUGGAGAUUGGGGUCAAGAGCUUGUGUUGGUCAUUAGCUGCAAUGAAGCGACAAACAAUGCCCUCAACAAUGGUCAAUAGACAGUCAUUGAAUGAUGAGGAAUUGAAAAGCCACGUCUACAAGAAGACCUUGCAAGCCCUGAUCUAUCCAAUCUCCAGCACAACACCCCACAACUUUGAGAUCUGGACAGCGACCACGCCCACCUACUGCUAUGAGUGCGAGGGCUUACUAUGGGGCAUUGCCCGCCAAGGGGUGCGCUGCACAGAGUGCGGGGUCAAAUGCCAUGAGAAGUGCAAGGACCUUCUUAAUGCUGAUUGCUUACAACUGUUCAUGACAAAGAAAAGCAGAGCGGCAGAGAAGAGCUCCAAGCAUGGUGCAGAGGACAAGACCCAAAACAUUAUCAUGGCUAUGAAAGACAGGAUGAAAAUUAGAGAGAGGAAUAAACCAGAAAUAUUUGAGAUGAUUCGGGAGGUUUUUAACACUCCGUCACAGGCCCACUCAGGGCACAUGAAGGCAGUCAAGCAGUCGGUGCUGGACGGCACGUCCAAGUGGUCAGCCAAACUUGCCAUCACUGUGGUCAGCGCUCAGGGUCUCAUUGCCAAGGAUAAGACUGGGACGAGCGACCCCUACGUCACUGUUCAGGUGGGCAAGGUCAAGAAACGGACGCGCACCGUUCAGCAGAACCUCAACCCCGAGUGGAACGAGAAAUUUUUCUUUGAGUGCCACAACUCGUCCGAUAGGAUCAAAGUCAGAGUAUGGGAUGAAGAUGAUGACUUGAAGUCCAAGCUCAUGCAAAAGUUGACCAGAGAAUCUGAUGACUUUCUUGGUCAAACAAUAAUUGAAGUAAGGACAUUAAGUGGUGAGAUGGACGUCUGGUAUAAUCUCGAGAAAAGAACGGACAAAUCAGCAGUCUCAGGCGCCAUCAGGUUACAUAUAUCAGUUGAAAUCAAAGGAGAGGAGAAAGCAGUGGCCCCAUACCAUGUACAAUACACUUGUCUUCAUGAGAAUCUCUUCCACUUCUUGAGUAUGAAAGAAGGGGGCCAGGUGAAGCUACCAUCGGCCAAGGGUGAUGAUGCCUGGAAGAUUUACUUCGACGAGACCGCCCAGGAAGUGGUGGAUGAGUUUGCCAUGAGAUACGGCAUCGAGUCCAUCUACCAAGCAAUGACACACUUUUCCUGUCUUUCAUCCAAGUACAUGUGCUCAGGCGUACCAGCCGUUAUGAGUACAUUACUAGCCAAUAUCAAUGCCUUCUAUGCCCAUACCACAGCAUCCUCUGCUGUCUCCGCCAGUGACAGAUUUGCAGCCUCCAACUUUGGGAAAGAGAAGUUUGUACGCCUUCUCGAUCAACUUCACAAUUCGGUCCGGAUAGAUCUCAAUUCCUACAGAAAUAACUUCCCUGCUGACACCCGACACAGACUAGAUGAUCUCAAGUCUAUGGUGGACCUCUUAACCAGUAUUACAUUCUUCAGGAUGAAGGUGCAAGAGCAAGCUAGUCCGCCUAGAGCUGCGUCAGUAGUCCUUGGGUGUGUCAAGGCCUGUCUACAAUCCACCUAUGACUACAUCAGGGAUAACUGUUUUGAGCUGUACCAACGAGAGUUCCAACCGGAUCAACCUAUCAAACAACCCGACCCAGCAGAUGACCCCAACGUGCCACGAAGCCUCGACUUCUGGACCAAGAUGAUUUCGCUCAUCGUGUCUGUCAUAGAAGAAGAUAAGACUACCUACACAUCAGUGCUCAACCAGUUCCCUAAUGAGCUGAAUGUAGGCGUACUCUCUGCGACCAUGAUGUGGUGUGGCUUUGCCAAAGAUAUGAAGUCUGCACUUGAAGAACAUGACCAACAGAGGUUAUGUACGAGUGCAGAAUACAUGAACCUUCAUUUCAAGGUCAAGUGGAUGUUCAAGAAGUAUGUGGAAGGAGUCACUGAAUAUGAGAAUAGAACCCCAGAAUAUGCAAGCUGGUUUGAGCCUUUUGUCAUGCAGUGGCUGCGUGAGAAUGAAGAACUAUCCAUGGAGUUCCUGCAUGGCGCCCUCGAGAGAGACGCCAAGGAGAACUUUCAGAAGAGCUCAGAGCAUGCUCGAUUCUCAUGCUCUGUAGUUGAUGUGUUCACACAGAUCAACCAAAGUUUUGACAUCAUCCGUCGUCUCGAGUGCCCUGACCCAGAGAUUGUCAAUAGAUACAUGAGGAAGUUUGCUAAUACUGUCAACAGGGUCUUACUUGCCUAUGCAGAUAUUGUCACUGAGAAGUUUGCUCGCUACUGCAACAAAGACGAAAUAUCCCUCCAAGCCUGUAUCCUGAUGAACAACAUUCAGCAACUGAGGGUAUAUCUAGAGAAGGUCUUUGAGUCGAUGGGAGGAGAGAAGCUAGAUGCAGAGGCUGCAGAUACAUUGAAGAAACUUCAGGGCAGUCUCAAUGAAGUCUUAGACCAACUCAGCAAAGUCUUUGCCAAGAGCUUUGUACCACGUCUUCAUGAGAGCAUAGAGCAACUAAGUGCCCAUUUAGGUGAGAUCAGAGGACAGGGACAACCCAACCAAAGGAGCAACAAUGAAUCCGAUGCUGUCACAGUACUUAGACCACUCAUGGAGAUUCUGGAUGGAAAUUUGUCGGUGUUAGCUCAAAACUGUGAAAAGACCGUCUGGAAGCGACUCCUCAAAGAGAUGUGGAAGAUUGUCAUCAGUACAGUGGAGAAGGUUGUGGUCUUACCACCAAUGAGUGAUGUCUCGAUGAGUUCUAUUCUUGCCACACUAAACCCAGCAUUAGCUAAACUACAAGGACAUGGGGAAACCAAGGAUGUGAACAAGGAGGAAAACAAGAACCUGUCCCCCAAACAAUGUGCAGUCUUAGAAGUUGCUCUGGAUCACAUUAAGGGUUCUUUUGCCCAUCCACAGCAAUACUUCCAUGGCUCAGGCAACGGUCUUAAACGCAACUUUCUAGAGAAGAGCCCAGAGCUUCAGUCCUUGCGAUACGCCCUAUCUCUCUACACUCAAACCACCGAUAUGCUUAUCAAAACUUUUGUACAGACCCAGAAUCAGCAAGAUCAACCAAGUGGUACCAUGUCUUUUGGUGAGCUCUCUAUUCAAGUUGACCUAUUCACACAUCCUGGUACUGGGGAACACAAGGUCAAUGUCAAAGUGGUUGCCUGCAACGGGCUGAGAUGGAACACGACAAGUAUGUUCCGACCAUUUGUAGAAGUCUACAUGAUAGGUCCUCAUCUGAGUGAUAAAAGACGCAAACAUUCCACCAAGUCCAAGGCCAAUAACUGGGCUCCCAAAUACAACGAGACCUUCCAGUUCAUCCUAGGUAACGAGGAUGAGCCUAGCUCCUACGAACUUCACUUCUGCGUGAAAGACUACUGCUUUGCCAGAGAAGACCACCUCAUCGGGAUUGGCGUACUUCAGCUCCACACGAUCGUAGAAUGCGGAAGCUGCGCCUGCGUAUGUACGCUAGGACGCAAGCUACACGUCAACGACACAGGUGGGACCAUCCUACGCAUCCUAUCCCAGCGAACCAACGACGAGGUGGCACGAGAGUUUGUUCGCCUCAAGUCAGAGAGGAGAUCUGAGGGGGGUGAUCAAGGGAGGAGCUGAGACCGUGGGAAAUCGGUUGUUAUAUUCUGAAAGAGUACCUCAUUUCUUUACGUUGUUUCCUUUGGAGGAAUUUUGCAUUACUCUUUUUAAAAUCUAAGUGCCUGAGUAUGUUCAAUUUAAUGUGCAACUUUGCAUGUUAUAUUUAACAUUUGACUAUUCAAUUGUUAUGUAUGAGAAGGUUUGAAAUGAUUCUAUUCCAGACAUAUUAAAAUGAAGUAUAAGUUCUCAUAUUUCUCACUAUGCUUAAUGCAGUAAAUGGGUAAUUCUACUGGCUAAUAGUAUCUAUUAGAUGACCAAGCCCAGCUUUUCUCAUGCACUUGUGGUUCUUUUUUCGGACUCAGUACUUGUAUGCUGUAUUCACAUUCAGAGUAUUAAUUCACCAUGUAAUAAUUUUUACUUCAGUAAAAUGAAUAAUUUCCCUCAUUUGUACUAGUUGUAAAUGUCAGUGUCUUGCAUAUUGUACAAAUUUUUAUCUAGAAUUAAUGCAAAUAUAUUGCCAUUGAUAAAUUGUGGUGUAUUGAAUUAAAUGUGUAAUUUUGUUUGUUUGUUUGUUUAUUUUAUCUGUUGUUGAGCAUGUAUGUACAUAUAUUUUCAAAUUCAGAUUUAGAUAUGGAAAAAUUGAUUAUUUCCGAUUUCAGCAUUCCUUGCUUUGUAGUAUAUUCUGACAGAUUUGGAUGGUUGUGUCUUUGUGGUUAAAAAAGUGAUUUUUUUUGUGUUUUUUAGUUUAUAUAGAAAAACAAUAGUUUUAUUUUCCAGAUUCAAUUAUGUAAAGCAUUUGAUUACAUUUUCAUGCAUUGUAGUAUUAGGAAUAUUCCAGAGAAAAGAGAUUAUGUGAAUUUUUAUGUGUAAUCAUACGUGUAGAAGUAUAGCAGUAUUUGAAGGCAAUUUACUUUUGUACCCAUUCAGAUAUUGAAUAGAUGAAUUCAUUCUAAUAUAAACAGAUUAGACAUAAUGUAAGGGCAGAAGAUUUUUUGUUGAUUUUUAUGUACAGUUUUUGUAUAUGUACUUGUUUGUGAGGAAUUAUACCCUAUUUGAUGGGUUUAAAGAUGACUUGCCUUUUUGUGUGCUGUUAGCUUGUAUUUGACAAAGAGAAACAAUGUAUGCCAGAAGAUGCUAUAUUACAUUUCACAAAUUACAAAAUUUAUUGAUAUGUAAAUAUGUAUGUGUAUGUAUUUAUAUCAUGUUGCAAUAUUUAUCCACUCAUUUUGGAAUAUUUAGGUGCUAUUGUAUAAAUCACUGACUUUCAGGAUUAUUUCCCAUGUAUCCACUUAAGGGUAUUACUUUCCACAAUUAAGCAAAAAAAAUCUUGUUUAUCACUAAACAACCAUUUGCAAACAUUUGGAACAACUGAUGAAAUUCAUUUCCUCGUGGUUGAUAAUUUGAUGAUAUUAUUAAGAGAGUGUCUUUCAUAAAACUGCCUGCUCAACAGAAGGCUUAAAUGCUAAAAUAGCCAGAGGACUGAUGGCUUCAAAUACUCUCCUAGGGAACUAGUAACGAGGAUUAAUGAAAGUGCUCUGUGUGUUGAUCUGAUAUCCAUUUCAUGCUCUUUUAACAUGGUAUAUGGUAAUGCAUUGUUUAUUUUAAUGUGCAUAACUGCUGAAUGGAUUAAUUAGCAAAAAAAAAAUGAUUGUGAUAUCUUUCUUUAAAAAAAAAAUUGAAGACAUGGUAAAAUGCAUGUUAAAUUGACUUAGAUCAUUUUAUCAGUUGCCAGAAUAUAUUAAGAAAUACAAAAUAGAUUCCACCUUGGGAAAUUGUUGAGCAUCCAUUCAUCAGAAAAUGUUAGUUUCUGAUUAAAUUUCUUUAAUUUACUUGAAUUCUCUUUUCUCAAAUUAUUGAUGGAAUGUCCGAUCCUUGUAGCCAAUAGGUCAUAUUUAUUUUUUUUGUAGAGGAUUCACUCUAGAACCGAUUGGAUUACCAAUAUUUUCAGAUGUUUGCAAAUGGUUGUUACACUUUAAAAUUGUUAAACAUAUUCACUCACAAAUAUCCCCUCCAAUCUGAUCAGAAUUUUCAAAUGUUUGUUAUUUUAUUACUUAGGGAUACAAUUUCAAAUUAAGUUUUUUACUUUUUGUAAAAUAGGACAAAAAAUUACAAGAAAAUAAUCAUGAUUCCUUGUAUGACAAUAAAAUCUCUAGCAUAUAAAAACUGAGUUGAGCAAAAUGAAAUGUUAUCACAUUGACAUUCAAUAUGAAGCUUUCCAUUAAAUUUUGAUCAGUUACUGAACAAGAUAGUAAGGGAAAGGAUAAUGAUUCUUUUUCUAAUAUAAAAAGAUGAACGGAACUUUUGGUGAAAUAACUUUGAUCUUGUCCUUUAAGUGUUCUUAGUACCUAGCAAGGAUCAUUAUUACAGAAAAAAUAAUUGUAUAUGCCAAUUGUUUCAUAGUGGUAUUUGUUUAAAAUAUUGCAAGACGUAAUAAAAACUACCAAAACAUGCAAUUCUUGAUGGAACUUCUUAAAAAAUGAACGUCAAAUUGU